CUUCUGUUGGGUUCUCUUCAAAACAAUUGAGGCCAUGACUGGUUAACACGAUUUGGAAUGGGAGUAUUGCAGGGUGGGAUCGAUUGGUAGAUCGAUGGGCACGCCGAGAGGCCUUUAAAUUUCGAUUAAACGGUCCGAAAAUGGGUGCCCCCUUGUGAUAGAAGUGCUUUUUCAGGAGACGUUAAUGUUCUCGUGACUAGGGGUACCGCGCUCUUCAAGUCGGGCCGCCGUCUCACGUGGACCCGCGAGAAAGUUUCUUGGGGUUUCCCCGACAUUUAUCCUGUCGACGUGGCAGGCGACGACAACGCUUUUCAAACUUUCAACCGUGCGCACACGCGUGUUGCUGUUCACACCAUCACGAACUUCUCCUUCUCCCGUCGAACGUGAAUGUUUAGCUGAGGAAUUGACUAACAUGCGUUUCUACGUACUCGGGCUCGGGCCCAUUGGCUGCCUCAUCGCACACAACUUACGAUCAGUUCUUCCGCGCAUGCACCCAGUCACUCUCAUACAGAAGACUGCUAGGCAGGCAUGGACGCCUCAGAACGCAGCUGCGAAAAUAACAGUCGAAAACAAAGGAGUCCGACAGUCCAUAGACGGUUUCGAUAUCGAGGUGUUCGACAAGCAUAGCGGAUCAGGUGGCGGAGUGCGCUUCAACUCCAAGCUUUCAAAGGAGCAGAGUGCCGGAUUCACCCCCAGCGAUGAAGAUUUACGAACAGAACCCAUCGAAGCAUUAUUCAUAACGACCAAAGCGCACAGUACUGCCCCUGCGCUAUCACAUCUAGCUCCACGCCUUACCUCUCGUAGUACCGUCGUGCUCUUACAGAAUGGCAUGGGAUUAUAUGAAGACCUCGUCGAACGAAUAUUCCGCAACCCAGAGAGUAGACCGCACUUUAUCUUGGCAUCAAAUACCCACGGGGCAUGGCUCAAGUCGGCCUUCCAUGUAGUUCAUGCAGGGAUUGGGGAGAUCACAUUUGGGAUUAUCCCAGAUAGCCGCAAGCGCGAUUUUGAAGCAGCCAUGGCAGAUGAAAGCAAGCCGCUGUACGAGAGAUCACUCGUUUUGGACGACAUCACACGUCCGGAUGACCCUUCAUUCGACCAGUAUCGCAGCCUACGACACACGGUAGCCGUAUUACAGUCUCUCGAUGCUCUUGCGUGCAAAUGGAGUCCUGUUGCAGAAGUCCAACUUGCGAUGCGCAGGAAACUCGUCGUGAAUGCCGUCCUAAACCCGCUCACCGCCGUUCUAGGAUGCCGGAAUGGUGGUCUAUUCAAGGACGACUCGUCACAGAGUAUGAUGCGCAGCGUCUGCGAAGAAGCUGCUGCCGCGUUCCGUGCACAGAUUGAAGUGGACACGCAAUCAUGGCUCGAUUCUCUACCUCCCAGCGUGGAUAAGAGCCAGGUCCCGGUAGGGCGUGUUCCAAAAGAGCUGGGAGCAGAUGCUCUUGAAAGCGAAGUCCUGCGCGUAGCACGCGUAACACGAGGCAACAUGUCUUCUAUGCUCUCGGACUCAAGCUAGGGGAACAAUAUAAUAUUCCUAUGCCAGUCAACAGGGCCCUUGUUCAAUUGGUCAAGAUGCGUCGCUCUAUACCCAUUGAUCAGACGUUUUAGACUCAUGAGUAUCUUGAGUCUGCGUAUAUACUCAGUCGGGGGCCUUACUCUGACAAGGGUUCCUGAUGAGCUGUCAAGUCGGUACAACCAUUGCAUUGUCAGUA